AUGUCCGUGUGCGGCGGCGAGCGGCCGCCACGGCCCGGGCCGCGCCUGUCCUGGCUGCUGUGCUGCAGCAUCCUGCUGUCCCCGGCCGCCGGGUACGUGAUCGUGAGCUCGGUGUCCUGGGCCGUCACCGACGAGGUGGACGAGGAGUUGGACAGCGCCUCCACCGAGGAAGCGCUGCCCGCGCUGCUAGAGGACUCGGGCAGCAUCUGGCAGCGGAGCUUCCCGGCCUCGGCGCACAAGGACGACGCGCACCUGCGGCCCCGCGCGGGAGCCGCCCGCGCCCGAACGCCGCCCGCGCCCCGCGGGAUGUUCUCCUACCGGCGGGAGCCCGGCCCCGCGGCCCGCGCGGCCCCUGAGCCCGGCCCGCGCGCCGCCACCGCCCGCUCCCUGGCGCACGCCAGCGCCUGGGGCUGCCUGGCCACCGCGUCCGCCCUGGAGAAGAUACAAGGACUGCCAUUUGGGAGCUGCCUGGCCAUCAGUGACGGCCCACUCAGCAACAGCACUGGGACCCCUUUCUUCUACAUGACAGCCAAGGAUCCCGUGGUGGCUGAUCUUAUGAAGAACCCCCUGGCAUCACUGGCGCUUCCAGAGCUGGAAGGAGAGUUUUGUAGGAAAAACAUCGUGGACCCAGAAGAUCCCCGGUGUGCCCGCUUAACACUCACAGGACAGAUGACCACUGUAUCUCCAGCAGAAGUAGAAUUUGCCAAGCACGCCAUGUUUUCAAGGCACCCAGGCAUGCGCAAGUGGCCUCGCCAGUAUGAAUGGUUCUUCAUGAAGAUGAGGAUAAAACAUGUCUGGCUUCAGAAAUGGUAUGGAGGUGUAUCCGACAUUUCAAGGGAGGAAUAUUUCAAAGCCACGCCUAGAAAGGCCUGAUAGUGUAAGAAGAAUGUCCUCGGUGUUGGCAUUAAGGAGAAGUUAUUUUUAAGGGCUGCAGCCAGAGACAGCUCUCCAAUGCUGUCUAUUUCCUGAAGGGCUCCUAGCUGCCCUGCCAUCCUCCAGCAGAAUGAGCGAUGCUUACAGGGUCCCUUGUGUUGGGGCAACUUCACAUCAACGAUCUUUGUUUAUGUUGCAUUCUUUUCACCUAUUUGGAAGUCAUUGUUGGUUGUCAAAAUGGCCCUGUGAGACCACUGAUUGCUCUUCCAUUCUUUUAAGGAAAAAAAAAAAAAAGGCUGUAUGUACAAUGUGAUUGCUUUGUAUUGUGAGAAUAUUUCUGUUGCCUGCUGUGCCAAAAGCAGUAUCCUGGAUCUUAAGCUCACAAUGGCCAAAAAGGAGCUGAAUGCGCAUGACACAACACACAUUGUGCUCAGGAUGCAGAUAGGGGACUGGAGGUGGCUACUC